AUGGCCAGCUACACUUCAGCGGGCGGGCUGCGCAUCGUGCCGCCGUAUUAUCGCCAGUGCGCCACGACAGUGAAAGAGCGAUGGCGCAACAGACUGCUGCUGGACGUGCUGACGACCGAGUUUCGCGAAUUUUCAGAGGAUCAACAUCUCCAACGGAUCAAAAAUAAUCAAAUAACAGUACAGCGCAGAAUUAAACAGCAAACGCUCGAGCUGAGACAGGACCAGCUAUUAUCUGAGAGACUCAAGCAGGGCGACGUCAUCAUGCGCCGUGUGCACGUCCACGAGCCGCCUAUCGUGGACGCAGAGAUUGAGACUGUCUAUGAAGACGAGGAGGUGCUCGUGGUGAACAAGCCGGCCGGAGUGCCGAUCCAUCCCGUGCAGAACUUCUACUACAACACGAUGGUGGAGAUUUUGAAGCGCCAGACAGGUCUGGACGAGCUCAGGCCGUGUUUCCGCCUGGACAAGGUGACGAGCGGGAUCUGCAUUCUGGCCAAGAGCGUCGCAAAGGCCAAGGAGAUCCAGUCGGCGAUCAGAAACAAGCAGGUCCGCAAGGUGUACGUGGCGCGUGUGGCGGGAGACUUCCCGGAAUCGGCGGUCUGCAACGACGACGUGGUUAUCGUCGAGACGAAACGUGGCCCUAGGGACGGAAUCGACCGCAAAUCUGCUACCACGGAAUUCAAACGGCUGAAGUACUCGUCUGUCCUGGACGAAAGCAUUGUGGAAUGCCGGCCGUUGACGGGCAGAACGCACCAGAUCCGUAUCCAUCUUCGGAACAUGGGCUUUCCGAUUGUCAACGACCAGCUCUACAGACACGGAAUUCUGGCUACCAACGAAGACUACUCGGACCCAGACGUCUUUGAGCGCAUCGCAAAGGAGGCAGAAAGCUCGCGCAAGGAACAGCUGACUGACGAGUUCUGCAAAGAGUGCGACAAACAGCUUUUCAAGGCGCCAGAUCCAGCAAAACUCGUGCUCUAUUUGCAUGCAAGAGAAUAUUACCACGAGGAAAAUAAAUGGGCGUACGUAACGGAGUACCCAGAGUGGACAAAAAUAUAG